AUGUCAGGCUCCACAAAUCAUCUAUGCAUAUAUAGAGGAAUAUAUAAAGCUGUAGAGUUUAAUACAAGGAAUUAUUGGAGUGGUAUAUUAGUGGCAAUCAUAAAUAUUAUUCUGCCAACCUAUUUUGGUCAGUUAAUUAAUAUAAUAAAUUCAUCAAAUUCUCUAUCUUUGAAGGAAUACUUAAAUGUUAUCACAGUGCCAAUAAAGCAUCUUCUAUAUCUAUAUGGGUUACAAGCCUACUUAACAUUUAGUCAUAUCUUUUCUUUGACCAAAUUUGGAGAAAACCUUUCAUCCCACAUUAGAAUAGAUCUUUUCUCAUCCUUACUGGAGAAGGACCUACAAUUUCAUGAUCAAAACAAAACUGGGGAUUUAGUUACAAGACUCACAACAGACCUUCAAGACCUGAAGUCGGCUCUCAAGCAAUGCCUCUCCAUAACGCUCAAGGCUGGAGUCACGGGAUUGGGCACGCUGUACGCCCUUUACAGGAUAUCGCCCGAUAUGACCCUGGGCGUCAUGAUUAUAACGCCUUCGUUAGUUCUCGUUGGAGCCUUCCUCGCUCAGGGGCUCAGAAAAUUGUCCAAGACCUGCCGGGAUAAGCUAUCCAUCCUGGCGGCUACAUCUAACGAGGUGUUGGCUAACGUUAGAACGGUUAAAUCAUUCGUGGGCGAGCGACGGGAAGCGGAAAACUUUGAGGUUUUGGCGCGCGAGUAUGCCGAUUCUUGCAAUCAACUGGGAUUAGGUAUAUCUCUCUUCCAGGGUCUCUCUAAUCUAACGCUAAACGGGCUCGUUUUGCUCACGGUCAGUUAUGGCGGGACUUUGCUAUUGCUAAAUCCAUCACCAAACAGCUCCAGUUCUUUAUCGGCCGGGGUACUUAUGGCCUUUCUCAUGGGCGUUCAAUCCAUCCAAAAAUGCUUGGCCCAACUUUCUACCCUUACCGACAAAUACUCUAAACUCGUUUCGUCUAAAGGCAGGGUAUUCGAACACCUUACCCAUCAUUAUAGCGAUAUCCGUGCUUUAGAAACGGAAAAGGAAUAUCACGAUGGCAGAAUAAUACCUGUCGAUAGGUUCAAAGGGGAGAUCAGAUUCGAGGAGGUCACCUUCGCCUACCCAUCUAACCCCGGUAAAAAAGUGCUCGAUCGUUUUAGCUUGACCAUCAGACCCUGCCAAGUUGUCGCUAUAUGCGGCCAUAACGGAUCCGGCAAGACAACGCUCGUUUCCUUGCUUCAGAAAUUUUACGAAAAUUAUGAGGGCAGAAUAUUGAUUGACGGUUAUGACAUUAGACAUUUGGACUCCAAAUGGCUCAGGAAAUUCGUGAUUGGGAUCAUUGAUCAAGACCCAAUACUAUUCUCGGGGUCUAUAAUGGACAACGUUAAAUACGGAAAACCGGAGGCCACCCUAGAGGAGUUAAAGGAAGCUGUUGGGAUCACUAAAAUCGACGAAUUCUUGCAGGAACCAGCCUCCCUGGUUCGCGAUGCCGAAUCUGAACUAUUUCAACCGUACGAUGUAGGUAAGCGGGAAGCGGAAAUUGCUUUUAGGGAACGUGCUAAAAUGGUGGGUGUCCUGGAAAAGAUCGUAACGGAGUCUAAGUAUCCCGCUUUCGAUUUUGCUGCUGGUCCGAGUUUGGAAAAGUUUUUUUUAUUAUAA